AUGUCGAGCUUCAUAUGCCACGGGUUGUCCAUUGCGCUUCAAGAGCCAGUUGAAGCGGCCGAAGUGGAGGACGAGAUAGACGGGGAGAGAGAGGCUUCCAAUGCUUGGGAACAACUUCGCACAGAACACCUUUCCUGUGUCGAUCCACAGGAGCUCCGCUUACAAACGUUAGAGCAGGUCGUAGAGAACGCUUCGAGAGUCGUCACUGAUGCUACGGAUCACGAAUACCGAAGGUUGAUGAAAGCAUUCGAGGUUUGGCUCAAGAACAAAGGAUACAUCGAGUAUGAUCGUGAUGUCUUCGGGGACGUCAUACUUGACAACAUGCCGGAGUGUAUCGCUGCCUGGAUCAUGGAAGAGUGA